AUGCCUCUCAUGCACGAGGGUGCGGGUUCGAUCCUGGCAAGUACCAAUGUGAUUUUUCCGAGUCAUACUUGUCUGGAGUCAUUGUACUGGACGUGUUGCGAGGAGAGAUUCUGUUUUGAUAAAAAGAUAGCUACGUACACUUUAGAAGACGAUAAACCUUCAAACGGCUACGCUAAUAUGGGCGCUAGUUUGGACAGCGUGGUAACAUCACAGCCCAUCAAUAAUAAUCAUCUGCCCCAAAGAAUGGUUACUGGGAGAGAAGUGAAUGAAUUGCCACUACAUGCUGAUAAACUUUAUGAGGUAUUCUCUAAAUCACUUAUAUUUAGAGACGAAUACGAAUUAAAAAAAGGCAGUACGGAAACUUUAGACGAGUUAGAAACUAAAUCCGAACCGGACUAUCUAUCAGAUAAACCGAAUAGAACGAAAGUGUACUUCGAAGAUGAAGUUGAUUCACCCGUUACUGACUUCGAAAUUAUGUUCAAAGAUGAACUUCUAGCGAACUACGAUAUGUUCAAGAUAGAAGAGGAAGAAGAAGAAAGAAGUCCUGAAGAAGAAGGACUUACAAUGAAUGUGGCGGUCAAGAAACAGGAUGUAGUCAAACCAAGUACUGUGACUAUCAAGGGAGAAAGAAAAAUAACUUCUCCGCACACUAUAUACGAAUAUGAUCCAAUAUCUGCAUUAGUCGUCCCAUCUAAUCUAACACUACCAAAAAUAGAAAGCGUCAAAAGCAUACUAAGAACGAAUAGCACAAAAACACUAGAACGAGUAGAUAGCAAUGGAAAAUUAAUUAAACCGAUGCUAAAUAGAGUUGAGAGUCUAAAGAAUAUAGAUCCGAAUAAAAUUAACAAAGUAUUAGCAAGGGUUCCCCAUAGAAGCGCGUCUUUCUUGAACAUACCAGCACAUCUCGCGCCAGAAAAACCUCCAUUGACUAAAAGCAAAUCUACAGUAGGAGUUCCGAGUUUGGCUGAUAGUGAACUAAAACUUAGCUCAUUACCAGACACUCCUAUCAUAAAAAGCAAUAAUUUACCAAGAUUCUUCGCUGAUAGUCCUUCACUAACAGAGUAUAAAGGGGAAACUAGCUUGCAAAGUAUUAAACAACAGUCAGCUAUGCUCCUACAAAACGAUUUCAGCAUGCCCAGAUAUUACGGCAUGUCGAAAUCAGUGGAAAAUUUGGCAGUACACGAGAGCAAAUCUAUGCCAGAUUUGAGAAACCCAGUUACAACGGACAAAGUUAGCAAAAGAUUAGUUAAAUUAAGAAGCAGGUUAAAGCCGCUAGUUAUAAGGAAGAGUUCGGAAGAAAAACUAUGA